AUGGAGAAUAAAAAUAACAAUAAUAAUAUUAAUUCGAAUCAUUCAAUCAAUAGUAUUGAUGGUGCAUCUACCCCACCUCUAAAUAAAAGAUAUGAUGAUAUACCUUCAAAUCCUCUUCAUCAAUCUUCUGCUUCCCAACAACCACAACCACAACAACAAGGUAUAUUUAUCCAACACCCAUCUCAACCAGUUCAACAACCCUCAUCUUUCACCUUAGACAAUAAUUUCCUAUACCAACAAUUCAAACUACUAGAAGCAAACAAAAUUGCCAAAACUGAACAAAAGAUGAGAAAAGAUAAGAAAAAUGCAAUCCUAAUGUUUUGUUUUGGAUGGAUAUUUUUCCCAUUGUGGGUUGGAGGCUUCGCAUUCCUACGUUCACCAUCCAAAGUAGCUCGUGAUUUGGGUAUUUCUGCACUCGUCUUUUUCUCCCUAGUAUCUACCGUUGUCAUCGUAGCCAGUUUCCUUUAUUUCGAUUUUAAUGUUCAUAAUCGCACAUAUAAUAAUUAUUAUAACAAUGAUUAUAAUAAUAAUGGAUAUAAUUAUUAUUCUACUAGUGGUAAUAUGAAUAGUUUUACAAAUGAUUUUAAUAAUCGUAGAAAUAAUGAUUUUGGUUUUGGAGACGAUGAUUUCUAA